CUUCUUUUCCACGCAACAUCACCAAAAUGAGAGUUAGAAAGCCAACGUCCAAGAGAAGCACCACUAGAAUGAAGGAGGGGAUCAAGAAGAAGGCGGCUGCCCAGAACCGUAAGAACAACAAGGCCGCCCGUAAGGACACCACCUGGAAGUCGAGAAUCAACAAGGACCCAGGUAUCCCUGCCUCUUUCCCCUACAAGGACCGCAUUGUGUCCCAGAUUGAGGAUAAGAGAAGAGAGGAGCUUGAAAGAAAACAGGAGCAACGUGCCGCUAGAACCCAGGCCCGCGCCGAGGCUGCUGCCAGAGGCGAGAUGCUUGUUGACUCCGACGAGGAGGACUUUGUCGAUGCCGAGUCCAAUCCAUUGUCUGCGUUGUUAGAAUCAGCACAGGCUGCUGCUAAGGACUACGAGGGUGAGGAGUCUGACGAUGAGGAGAUGUCUGAGGAGGAGGAUGUUGAGUACGACAUUUCCGACGCUGAGGUGGAUGCUGGUGAUGUGGACAAGUCGCGCAAGGCCUACGACAAGAUCUUCAAGACCGUCAUUGAGGCGGCCGACGUCAUUUUAUACGUGCUCGAUGCUCGUGACCCAGAGGCCACCAGAUCCAAGCAGGUCGAAGAAGCUGUUUUGCAAGCACAAGGCAAGAGAUUGAUCUUGAUUUUGAAUAAGAUUGAUUUGGUGCCAGCCGAUGUGCUCAAGCAAUGGUUGGACUUCCUCAAGUCUUCCUUCCCUACCCUCCCAUUGAAGGCAACUUCCAACAUGUCAAACCCAACCACUUCUUAUAACAAGGGCAUGACCCAGGCCGUCACCUCCGGUGCCUUGUUGAAGGCGUUGAAGUCCUACGCUGCCAAGUCUAACUUGAAGAGAUCCAUCAUUGUCGGUGUCAUUGGUUACCCUAAUGUCGGUAAGUCUUCCAUCAUCAAUGCCUUGACCUCCAGACACGGAAAGAACGGCCAGGCCUGUCCUACCGGUAACAAGGCCGGUGUCACCACCUCCUUGAGAGAAGUCAAGAUUGACAACAAGUUGAAGGUUUUGGACUCCCCAGGUAUCGUGUUCCCAUCCUCCAAGCAGACCAAGUCCCAGCAAGAAGCCAAGUUAGCCUUGUUGUCUGCGAUCCCACCAAAGGCCAUCUCUGACCCGCUCCCAGCGGUCCAGUUGUUGAUCAAAAAGUUGUCCAAGGACACCUCAAUGGCCGACGCCUUCAAGAAGUACUACAGCUUGCCACCAAUCAGCUCCAGCGACGUUGACGAGUUCACCAAGCAGGUGUUAAUUCACGUCUCCCGCAAGGCCGGGAGAUUAGGCAGAGGCGGGAUUCCAAACUUGGAGGCCGCUGCCAUGUUGAUUUUGACCGACUGGAGGGACGGAAGAAUUUCUUCCUGGACCAUUCCGAAGAAUUCCAAGGUUGCUGACGUGGCUGUUGAAGUGAAGAAGUCCGCUCCAGUGCAGCAGGCGACCGCUGCUCAGACUACCAUUGUGGCUGAGUGGUCCAAGGAGUUUGACUUGGAUGGAUUGUUGAGUGGUGCUUUUGACUAGGCAAGGAGAGCAAACUUCAGCGGAGCUUUUCGAAGCUUGUUCCUGUGAGUCGGGUGGACUCCGUAUGUAUAUUACUUUUAUUUCGUUCACAUCGAGUAUAUUUCGC